AACCUCUUCUUCUAUAUAAUCAAUUAAACACACAACAUCAACAGCACCUUCAAUUCACAUGUAGUAAUUGUGAAGUGUGUUGCACAGUGCAAUUACAAAGAACAUAUACCAUGGUAUUCUCGAACAAGAACAUGUUCAAGUUAAGGUUUCCAUGCUUACCUCGUCCCACUCCCAAAUCACCACCACCUAUUGACAUUGUGCACAACGCAAAAAAACAUGACGAGCUCAAAGAAGUUUUUGAUUACUUGGAUGUUGACAAAGAUGGCAAAAUUUCAAGCAAGGAACUAAUGGAUUACUUUGCUUCUGUUGGGGAAUCCAUGAAUCACAAAGUGGCCAAGAGUGUGAUUGUACAGUUUGAUUCUGAUGGUGAUGAAUUGCUUGAUUUUGGGGACUUUGCGAGGCUCAUGAAGCAAGAGGAUAGUGGUGAGUUGGAAGAUGUUCUGAAAAGUGCGUUUGAGAUGUUUGAGGUUGAGAAAGGGUGUGGUUGCAUUACGCCCAAAGGAUUGCAGAGGAUGUUGAGACAGUUAGGAGAUGUUAAAUCUCAGGAUGACUGUGCUGCCAUGAUUCGUGCCUUCGAUCUUGAUGGCAAUGGAUUCCUUGAUUUUCACGAAUUUCAGCGGAUGAUGUCCCCUACUGCUUAGGUUCUUACCUUCCCCUUAAGCCAGAUCCUAGUUGACAGGAGUGUUAACCUAUUUUGUAAGCCACAGUAUAUACUUGUCCUUUCAUGUGUAAACCUAUAUGUUGACAGCAAAUGAAUAUACUCUCUUACAUAUCAUUUUCACA